AAGAUGAAUGUAAAACAAUUACUGUAGAUGAAUGGUAUGGGUAUCAUUAUACGGUAGCCACUUAUUUCCUCAACAAUCAUUUCCUUACAGUGAUAGUAAUAGGAGAAUGGAGAAAAAGUAGAAAGAAAAUAGAAGUUAGAGUUACG